CGUAGAGAUACAGAUUCAGAACACGCUCAACCCUGGCGAUAGUAGAGAGCUCCUCCUAUCGCACACUUGACCCUCCCAACAUGGCUGCUGCCCCGGAAGUGCACCAUCUCUUCCACCACCCAAUUACCGACCACUCUUUCUCCGCUGAUAAGCAGACACUGGCUGUAGCCAAAGAUAAUGUCGUCGACCUAUACCAGAAAUCAGGUUCCAAAUAUAACCUGAGCGAUGAGCUUAAAGGCCACGAUAAAACUGUGACAGGAGUGGAUAUUGCCCCUAGAAGUGGCAAAAUUGUGACUUGCUCCCAGGAUCGCAAUGCGUACGUUUGGGAACGCACUCCUGCCGGAUGGAAACCAACACUUGUGCUUCUCCGUAUUAACCGUGCCGCAACAUUUGUUCGCUGGUCGCCGUCGGAGCAGAAGUUCGCUGUGGGCUCGGGUGCGCGCGCGAUCGCCGUCUGUUACUUUGAGGAGGAGAACGAUUGGUGGAUCUCCAAACACUUAAAGAAGCCCAUUAGAAGUACCAUCACAACUCUGGCCUGGCAUCCCAACUCAGUACUACUUGCUGCCGGGUCUACGGAUUCACACGCAAGAGUGUUUUCCAGCUUCAUCAAAGGCAUCGAAGAGCGCCCAGAACCGAGCGCCUGGGGAGAGCGAUUACCGUUCAAUACUGUUUGCGGUGAAUUCCUAAAUGAUUCUGCUGGAUGGAUUCACGGAUGUGCUUUUUCGCCCAGCGGUAAUUCUUUAGCGUUCACUGCCCAUGAUAGUAGUGUCACUAUCGUCUAUCCGAGUGCACCAGAUCAGCCCCCCAAGGCAAUGCUGAAUAUCAGCACUAGGUUACUGCCAUUUAUGAGUUUGAUAUGGAAUGGAGAGAAUGAGCUUAUUGCUGCUGGACAUGACUCCGAGGCAUACCGCCUUAGUGGGGAUGAAUCUGGUUGGCAAUUGCUGGGACCAGUGGAUGCAAAAGCACGGGCGGGGGCUGACAGCGUCCGUGAAGAGAGUGCUCUAAACAAAUUCCGCCAAAUGGAUAUCAAAGGAAGUACGAAGAAUGACACUCAACUCCAGACUGUACAUCAAAAUACGAUUAGCACUGUUAGAGUCUAUGAAGAAACUGGAGGCAAAGUUCGCAAAUUUAGCACAAGCGGCGUGGACGGCAGAAUCGUUGUAUGGAGCGUGUGAUAUAGAGGCCAAUGACAGAUGAAUGAAGCUCUUUUUUUCUAACUUCUCAACCUUUCUCCUACUCCCUAUUCAAAGUUUUUCAACGAUAUGUGAGAUGUCUCAGUGUCCUAAUAUUCUCCUAUGUGCAAUCGGUUUCCUUUCAUGAAUGAGUAUACUUAUUCGCUGCUGUAUUCGUCUUCUUCUUUCCUUUCUUUGAUGUGCAUAUAUGCCUUAUAUCGAAUUGCUGCUGUUUCUCGAUUGUUUGAUAUUCACGGUCAGUUUCACAAUUCCAGAGUUUGCUUCUUUCUAUGGCCCCUGACUCAGCUGGAAGCAUCAAACAUGGUCUCGAUGAGUGUUCUCGAAUCACCUUGAACGUCUCUGUAGUCCAUUCACCCACCCCCAUUUAACAUUUAACCCUUAGAUACAAGUACCUUGAUGGAUCUUGAGUUGGAGAUCCUAGCUAUAUAAACCUAAGUUGUUCGUCAUUCC